AUGUCUAACUUUAUCCUGGGUUUAGAUGUGGGGACCACGUCUGUUAAAGCCAUUUUAUUGGCUGCUGACUCCAGAACGGUGGCUGAGAGUCAGGCUUUACCCACUGCCGCCGAUAUAAGCGACGACAGCGGCAUACAGGCCAAGGAGCAGGACCCCGGUCGGAUUAUAGAUGCCCUGAACCGGUGCGUGGGUCAGCUGCCCAGAGACAAGCUGCAGCACGUCAGCAGCAUCGGGCUGUCCGGUCAGAUGCACGGGGUUAUAUUCUGGAAAGCAGAGAAAGGUUGUGAUUGGUCCAACGGGGACUUCUUCAUCCCCAGAGACAGCAGUCAGCUGAUCACGUGGCAGGACGGCCGCUGCAGCAGCAGCUUCCUGUCCUCUCUGCCCCAACCGGACUCGCAUGUGAGCGUUGCCACGGGGUUUGGCUGCGCCACAAUCUUCUGGUACAUGAAGCACAGACCUGAGUUCCUCCAGGAGUUCACAGCUGCAGGCACCAUCCAGGACUAUGUGGUGUCCAUGCUGUGCGGUUUGGACGGGUGCGUGAUGACGCCUCAGAAUGCAGCCAGUUGGGGCUUCUACAACACUUCUACCAGUCAGUGGAACGAAGACAUUCUGAAGGCUGCUGGCUUCCCUUUGCACCUGCUUCCUCAAUGCGUGCCAUCUGGUGGCCUGGCGGGGAAGACAUGCUCGGCCUGGCAUGGUAUUCCUGCUGGAACGCCAGUAGGGGCCGCCCUGGGAGACUUGCAGUGCUCCGUCUACUCCUGCAUGAGUGCCCCGACAGAUGCAGUUCUCAACAUAAGCACUUCAGCCCAGCUCACCUUUGCGAUGCCAGGUGACUUCAGGCCUCCAGAUUUCCCACAGCCGACCUCGCCGAUCUCUUACUUCCCGUACUUUGACUCCUCGUACUUGGCUGUCGCAGCGUCUCUGAACGGUGGGAAUGUGCUGGCAACAUUUGUGGAGAUGUUGACUUCUUGGAUGAGAGAGCUCGGGGGGGAGCUGAGUGAAUCCUGCCUGUAUGAAAAGCUGAUUGCAUGCGCCCUGAACCAGGAAACCAGCGACCUGAGGGUGACCCCCACCCUCCUGGGGGAGAGACACAGCCCUUGCAGCCUGGGCCAGGUGACCAACAUCUCCACCUCCAAUCUCUGCCUGGGUCAGGUGAUCCGAGCACUGUGCCAUGGAGUCGUUGCCAACAUCGCCUCCAUGAUGCCCGCAGAGAGCCUGCGGCAGGUGGGGGUCAGCAGGAUCGUGGGCAGUGGGAGCGCUCUGGCUCGCAACCAGGUGCUCAGACAGGAAGUGGAGAAGGUCUUUCCCCUGCAGGUGGUGUACGGACAGAACGCCGACUCCGCUGUGGGCGUGGCCAUGGUGCUCUGUGACAAACUUUAA